UCAGGACGCUGGGUUUCCUCACCACAGCCCAGGGCCAGUCCCUUCUCAUGCUAGCUCUCGGCAGCUUUUCCCAUGCAGGGCUCAAGUCAGGGGCCCCCUCGAGAUGUUUUUAGUGUUUUUUUGUUGUUCGUUUGUUUCCAGAAACAAGCUGUUUGUCUCUCCUCCAAUGCCUUUGUGCUGAUUCUUGCGGACCAACACUCUUCCGAGCGCCUUCACUUGUGUUGACAACAUGGAUGUCCUCUAUGGCCUUUUAAAAUAUGUGCCACUAGCAGGACUUAAGUAAAAGGCGCUUAUCCCUAAAAUCAUGAUAAAGUGCCCUGAAACUCUAAUCUCAUUGCCUGGCCAGAAAAGGAAGUAAUCCCUAGUGUCAGCAGAUUCAGCAGUACUGGAUCACCAAUAUACAACAGGAAAAAACAAAAGUGAAAGAUUAUCAAUAUAGAUUAUUGAGUAGGAGUAAAGAAGGUAAAUCAAAAAGGGGAAAAGAGGAGAUUACAGACACAGAAAAUGUCAGACAACAAAGAAAGGAAGAGUCAAGGAUUUCCUAAAGAAGAUAAUGAAGACACAAGUUCAUUAGCUGAUGCUGUAGAGAAAGUUGCAAAGCAACAACAAUCACAAGCAUCAGAGAUAGAAAAAAACAAAAGGGUUCUGUUCAAUUUGAAGAAUGAACUUCAUGAGCUUGAAAAACAAAUAGCAGCCAUCUCUGCAGAAACUAAAGAAACAGAAAGACAAAUUUAUCAACAAGAUGGUGCCAUAGAGAAUACCAAACUUCAUUGUGAUAGCCUGGAAACUCAAAUCAAAUCCUUACAUUCAGAAAAUGUAAAGCUUAAAUUUGACAUAGAAACAGCCCAAGAGGAUUUUCAGGAACACAUGAUAAAAUAUAAUGCAUAUUAUGCAAAAAUAAAAGCACAUAAAAAUAGUUUGGGGGAAGUAGAAAGCAAAUGGUCAUUUAUGACUGAACUCCAUGAAAAACGAGAUUUUGUUAAAAAAUUAAAGACAAUGAAAGAAGAACUUACGCAAGAUCUUCAAAAUCCAGGAGGGAACCGAAUAACACAAGUACAGGAAGACAUUACAAAGUUAAAGGAUAAAAUUAUAACUGUAAAAGAAUCUAUCAUUGAAAAAACUUGUUUUCUUGAGGAAGAAAAAAAGACACAUGAAAAAUUAAGAAAAGAAAUAGAGGUACAACAUAAGAGAUAUGAUGCAAUUCUUAAGCGUUUGCAUUGUCAGGUGAACAAGCUUCAGUCAAAUAGACGACAAUGGCAAUGGAACAUUCAACAACUGGAAAAAACUGCAGCCGAAUUAAGAAAAUGCAUUGGAAUGCAAGAGUAACAUUGCCAUAGGGCAAUGUGGAACACAGACCAUGACAACAAAAAUUACAGGACAGAACAUUAAGAAAAUCUUUUGGAUUCUUAAUAACAAGCAUCCACUAUUAGAGGCCUGUCUUAAUGACAGAUGUCUUCGAUUUUUUUUUUUAAAUCAGUCAUCCAUUUGUUAAAAUGCCUUCUAACCCUACACUUGAUAGCCGUAGACUGACAAUAGGAGUGUCUACGGGAAAAUAAUGCAAGAGUCUCUGUGACUAUUUGGAGUGUGUAAAAUGUAUUAUACUCAUGAAUACCUGUUUAUGUUGCAUUCACUACCCUAUGAAGUAAAAAUUUAGAAGGGAAAAAACACUUGAAUUUUCAAUGAUUUUAAUUGUUGUUGUUUUAAAAUGUUUGUCUGUUUCAAACUUUUUAUUGGAACUUGUUUUUUGCAACUGCCUUCACAGUAGCCCAUAAAUAUUGAUAUUUAUAAUAAUGUUUUUGUAUGUUCAAUGCUUCAAAUAUUUUACUCCAUUUUAUCUUUUAUCCAGAAGUUAACAAUCAUUUUUCUUUGUUAUAAAAUAAGAUAUUUUAGAGUGAUACAAUGAAUAAAAUACUUUGUUCACUUUUCUUUCUAUAAAUUAUUCAUAUUCUGUGACUAAAUUAAAGUUAUAACAUCA